AUGGUUACGCUCAGGAGAGCAGGAGACAUAUACAUGAACAAAAGGCACUGUCGUGAAAAAUGGGUUAACAAAAAUUUUGCUGAAAUCAAGGGGUUUACCUCCAGUGGAGAUCUUGAUGAGCGGGAUGGCGCGGCCCUCAGACGAGGUGCCAAGGCUGCCAACAGUGACGAUGCUGGGGUAGGAAGACGCCAGCUCCUGCAGGUAGGCCUGGAUCUCGUCGUAGCGGUUGUAUUUGGUGAAGGAGAUGGCGCGGCCCAUGCCGUCGGGGGUGGCCAUCAGCUGGCGCAUCUUCUCGGCGUCGAUGGUCCUGCCACCAACAAAUCGCACAUAAACAGUCUGCAUCUAAACUAUUUGAGUUACGGCAUUCGUGAGUCAGAGCGUGCGUACCUGCUCGGUGGUGAUGGGCUGCAGGCGAUAGACGCGGUAGCCCUCCAGGGACUUGUGGCCGGCGGCGAGCACCGCCAGGCAGGCGACGAGCAAAAGAGGCAGUACGCGACCCAUCUCGGCAAAGCAACGUCGUAUACUGCAAACUGCUCUGACAAAACGCGCUCUGUUCUCCACGCAAAACGCCAUAACGGCCAAGCCGAUCCCUGCCAUCCACAUGCCGAAGGCCUCGAUCAGAAACACCAACUUGAGCGCUCUCACGGACUCCGGGGGCACUCCGUAGGCCACGGGGUUCCUUCUGAACGCCGCGUACUGCGGGUCGUUGCGGAGGUAGAACUCGAACUCGUGCUGGCUGGCCUUGGUCAUCAAGCCGCCCUCCACGAUCCACUGGACGAAGCGCCUGACGCGGUAGUGCUCGGGCCAGAGGCGUCGGCCGGCGAAGUAGGCGUACUGCGGGCUGACGACGCACUCGCGGGCGCGGUGCAGCAGCGAGUAGCCGUCCUCCGAGGCGUCCGGAUGGCGCUCCAUCAGCGCCAGCGAGAGCGGCGUCGCCACCACCGCCUUGUCGCGCGACGCCACCACGCUCGCCAUCUGGCUGAAGUUCCACGUCCCCUCGGUCUUGCGCGCCAGGUCCGCCAGCAGCCCCUGGCCGCGCCGCUCGCGCGCCGCCCACGGCUCCAGCCACCACUGCGUGUAGAUGACGGAUAUGGACGAAUUCACUUCUUCCAGGGUGUUGAUCUCGUCUUGGUAAGAAGGCGUGACGAUGAAGCCCGUGAACGCCCCGGCGAUCGUGUUCCCAACGAAAAAUCCGAGAAGACUCAGCGAUAUCAUGAGACGGCGAUAACGCGCAGAAGGCGGGAGCGGGGGCGGCGGCGGGGGCGGAGGCGGGGCGUGGGCGCGGGCGCGGAGGGCUUGCGCGGAGGCCAAGGCCGUGGCGAGGGAGGAGGGAGGGGAGGCGGCGGCGGGGCGGAGGCGGCGGUGGAGGCGGGGCGGGCGCGGUGGCAAGGGCGGGGCGAGGGAGGGGAGGGAGGGGAGGAGGGUGAGGGCCGAGAUGGGGAUGGGGAGGCGGCGGCGGUGCGGCGGCAACGGCAACGGCCGUGGGCUGAAGUGCGGAUCUUCAGGAUUGUGGAUGAUUCUCGGGCCCCGUGA